UGCAUGUAGGAAAAUUGUUGGUUUUUCGCUUCGGUCAUUCAGGAAAUGUUGCUGCGGAGGUUCGGGGCAAAGUAUGAGAGAGGGUCUCUUAACCAUCCCACAAUCGGUGCUGAGAGACGAGACCGCAUCACAGUUCUGACAUAUUCGCACAUUGCCAAAGACAUUAAUGCCAAUCCAGAGACAAUCAUAAAAUUCGCUGAUUUAAUGGCAGAUUCAAGGCUAAGGAAGGCUGUGAAGUCUGUCCUCGAUACUGUAAAACACCACCAUUCCGCUUAUCACAGUUCCCUGCCCAGCGCAUUCCAAAUCUCCACACCCACCCAAGCCCUCAUUGCCGCAUUGCAACGAACAUUACACGAGCACCUACAUGGACUCUAUGGAACCCAAGGCGCACGGAUAUUCCCAAACAGAUUCACCGAUCAAUUAGUUCAGAUUUUCUCAUCUUUGGAACAACUUCAAGAAGAUAAUCUCACCACUCCAAUAUCGAGUAUCAUACACCUCUUGGAAUCAUCUCUGCAAGAAGCUUAUACACUGCAUCCCCCUUCCCCAGUUACCUACGAUUCGUUCAAAAAUGACGUGGAUCCAUUUUUCGGGCUCUCUCCGAGGAAAGGCAUGGUGCUUUUCGCAUUGGAACUGCUUGGGCGAUGUGCAGUACUGGAUCAGUUGCCAACGCUAUGGCGUUUCUAAGUAAAUGCAGAAAUCCCUGAGCUCCAACAUGAGUUCG